CUUCAUAGUUUCCAAUGUGGCAAGAGAGGGAGAUCAACAAUCCUUUUCUUGGCAUGGUUGCAGAAGCGGGGUCUAGGGCUUAUGCUUGGCAGCUAUCCAUAGGAGUCACAUUCAGAGGGCUACAGUGGCAAGGUGUCCUCAUGAGCAAAAGGUGGGCUACCUACAGUCAAGGAGACUGGAAGAGGAGUCUGAUAUAGGCUGGUCAGUGGUCAGCAACUCUGGCAAGACUGGCGCACGAAGGCUUGGUAGCUAUCCAUUUUAGCUUUUCUAAGAGGGAGACCUAGGAUGUGGUCGCAACAAGGUGGGACUUGUAGUGUCUUUCGGGAGGGCACUUCCUUCUGGGAUGGAGGUUGCAUCGUGUAUGAUCACGGAGGAACUAGUUGGGGCAUGUGGUCCUGCCUUGGUGCCAAUAGCAGAAGCCUCUCGCUUCUUCCUCUUGGGCUCCCUCCUCUACAACCAAUUGCUUCUAAGAAGGGCAAACAUAUCCCUACCAACCAACUGCCAUGGAAGGAUCUACCAUACUAUGUGGCUGAGGAAACAACAAAGAUAAAGGUAAAGGGAAGAUGGACUAGCGGAGGCUGGAGGACAAUGCUGCAAAGACGUGUGUGGAUGGAACUUGGAAUAAAGAUCUUAGGGAUCUAGCAAGUUUUGUUAAAUCAUUGGAACUUUUUAGUAUUUUACCAUGUUUCGCACUUUAGUAUGUUUAAAUGACAUGAACUAGUAAAUUAUGCACUCUA